UCUCUCUCUCUCUCUCUCUCUCUCUCUCUCUCUCUCUCUCUCUCUGUGGUGAGGGGGUCACGUCGCUGCCAAGGCUUCUCUUAAAUGUUUGUGAUGUGUCAUGCAAUAGAUGGAGCCUGCCAUUCAAUCGAAUGUCAACGGCGUGGAGACAUGCGCGAUGGAGACUCAGGACACGGUGAAGGGUAUUGCAGGUAUCGGCAACGAAGGGAUAUCGGCCGGAGCAAACACCACGGAUUGUGCAGUGGCCCUUGCGGGAAUUUGUGCGCAGGCUGCAGACUUGAGCACGGAUGGCGAGACGAGCGAUGAUGGUGCAGAGUGUCUUGUUCCAUACGAGAAUGUUGAGAGGACGAGAGCAGGAGGACACUUCCCGUAUGACGUCAAUUGGGUGCCUGGUCAUCUUCAACCGGGUACCGUUGGAGGAAUGCCGUGCUUUGCGUUCAAAGUGAAUGGGGAAUGGGUUCCAUAUCCCGCCCCCACAAAGGCGUCGUGGAGGUGCGUGACUCUGUCAAUCAUCUUCGACAGAGUGCUGAGGUUGAACGAUGCGGCGACCCCUCGUGAGAAAUCACGCUAUUUGUUGAAACUAUGGCGUGUUCUGGACGCGAAGGGCGAUUUGAGGCUGAAUGAUUUUAAGUACGACAGUGUCGACUGCGGAGAGUCAUGGGUGAUUGGCGGGUUGGACACUGCAGCGGGCUCAGUUUGUGCAGAGACUGAUGCCAGGAGGGAUCCACGGUGGGGUUGGGUGCCACAUGACGCCGCCCUUCUUUGUGGCCGUGUGAGGAUGCCCAUGCGUGACGCCAUGGGCAAUGUAUGGACCGUGUGUUACAUAAACGGCAGCUUCGUGUCCAGACACCUGAACAGGGAGGUGAGUGAAGAGGAGAAGAUGACGAUGGCUUGUGCAUCCGCUGCUGCUCGUUGUUGUUCGCUGCCUCUUCGGAACCCUGUGGAGCUCGAGGUGGUAGAGGGGAAAGUGUUCGCGGGUAAGCAGGGGUACACAUACACGCAUGCCAGAGGGGAGGAAGCUACUGCUGAUGGAUUGUCCCCGCUGGUAUGGAACCCGCCCAACCUGAAGCCUGACGUUCUGGCUACCCUGGACAUUACGGCCCAUGUCAUCCCUAAGGGGCAGUUGCAGCACCAUGUGGCCCCUCAGAAGUAUGGAUAUCGUGUGAAUUGGCUGCCAGGAUGUCUGCAUCCUGCAACAGUUGAUGGCAAGGUGACCAUGGCGGCCAAACUGCAGACAGGCCAUUGGCUGCCCUUGGGGUGGAUGCAUGCAGGCAUGGUGGAGCAGUGGCAGUUCCUGGUGGUACUAGCACGUGUGUCCAUUUUCAAUGCAGAUGUGAAGGAGCACGUUCUGGUUGUGGAGCAUGCAAAGCGGUGCUGGGAGAAGAUAAGGGAGGAAGACCGUCAGAUGGUGUACAUGGGUUACGACUCCAUGCCAGAGCAGGGGAUGUGGUCAAUGGUUGAGGGGAGUCCUGGUGGGCAAGGGCAGGGCGAUGGGGAGAACAUGUACAUGGCUCACAUCCGCCGCAGGCAUGGAUGCUCCGCCCAUGUUGGUUGGGUCCCGCCCGUAUGUCGCCUGACAUACGAGCAAGGUGGAGAGAUGACGAUUAGGUUCAAGGACCCGCUUGGUUUGUCGUUUCUGCUGACGUACUCGGAUGGCCUCCUGCGAGACAUUCGGUAUAUGGUGCACGAGGACACCCGAGGUGGACUUCAGAGGCCGGGACAGACGGAGGAGACGCGCCUGGGGCAUCAGGGUGGUUUGUCUGUUGAGGUGGAGGGCCCACGUGGCAGUGAGCGAGUUGCAGGGUGCUCUGCAGCGCAGGCUGACGUGGUCGGGCCCAGCAACACUGCGAUGUCCCACAGCCCGAGGAAGGUGAAGGGGGUUGUGUCGAGGCCACAGAGGGGGAAGCCGGCUGGUGACAAGCGAAAGAAGAACCCCCAGCYUGAGCCACAGACCGGUGGCAAUGCAGAUGCGCCUCGCCGGGUCCAGAGACGCCGCAGACACCCCGGGAUGGCAGCUCUGACAGAGAUCAGGAGGCUGCAGCGAUCCACCGACCUUUGUAUCCCUUUCAUGCCCUUCUUGCGCCUCGUCCGCGAGGUGAUGGAGAAGGACAUUUCCCUUGUUCAGGCCGUGAGGUUCCAGAUGAUGGUCGUGCGUGCUUUAAUGGAGGCUGCGGAGGCUUACCUGGUCGCCAACUUCGAGAACACAAACGAAGUGGCGAUCCACUCGAAGAGGGUGACCAUCCAGAGAGAAGAGGUCGAAAGACAAAGCAUUUGCAUCAUGUCGAUGUCGGUAGCACAGGUGGCGAAGGCUCUCGCGGAUGUGAUGAAGUAUGCAGAGGAGCGAUUCCACUACAACGGCCAUGGCGAGUUGUCUUUGGUGGAGGAGAGGGUGUCGCGGUACUUUGCUGUUACCGUGGAUAUGAGAUCCACGAUCAUGGCCAACGACAGUGGUUGCGUACAGGCACGAACACUCUUGGAACGAUUGAGAGAGUCACCUGAUAUUCGUGUGGACAGCGACGCGGAAGACAGCCCAUACAACGGUGUGGAAUACGUUCUGCUUGACCAGCUAUGUGAUCUCAUGGGGAGGUCAGAGGACGACAGGAAAGUCAUUCAUGAGAUGUUGCACGAAGUCACAGAGUAUGUUGUGCAGGGUCAAGAUGUCAUUGAGUUUGAGCCCGCGUUGGCAGGAAAGGAGACCAUUAGUGGCAGACCAUUGUGGGGGGCCUUGUUGGGUUGUGCUCUGGAGCGGCUUGGUCUUGCAACCUGCGAUGUCGAGAGAAAGAGAGAAAGGGAAGAGGGUUGCAGGAUGAUUGUCAGCGAAACAAGGUUACCGGUCAUUGAAGAAACCGGGGAGACAUCAGCAGCACAAGAUAUAAGCGGGGCGAUGGUGGUUGACGUGUCUACCUUGCACACACCAUCGACAGAGGAGUUGGUGUAUAUGGUGACUUGUGAGCGUUUCUUUUUCGGGGAGCAGCAGGAGGACGAGCACACAGACGAUGCACAGCACAGAGUCGAUGCAGAGGAGGAGGAUAAGGAAGAGUGCGAGGGGUCUGACRUGGAUGUGAGCGGCAGCRACGUCAGCAGCGACGAAGCGGACGACGACAAUGACGUGUACUACGAUCUCAAGACAGCGGGUGGACAAGUAACCAAAGGUUGGGCACAUGCAAUCCUGAGGUUGGCACGAGUAUUUCCCGAUCCGCACAACGUGCUACGUGUGGUGUUCAAGGGGGCGACACCUGAUGGUGCCAUGUAGUAUGCUGCAGUGACCACCAUAAUGCGAUCCUGCAAGAAGGGGAAAAAAUGGUCACGUAUCGGCAAGGCAUGG